AUGAAGAUCAAUUUAUUAGAAAAGAAUGUUGCACCAAAUUUUGAGUUGGCUGCUAUUGUUGUGAGAGAACAUAUUCCAUUUGAUUGUGUUGAUAAAGUGGGAGGUUGGGGUUUGAAAUUUCUUAAUACAUUGCGUUGUGAAUGUUAUGAUAGAGAAAAUGAUGAAGAUUACUCGAGUGGAAAUCGCAUCAGUGUAAUAAUUCCAACGGGGAUUCAUGGUGGACCAAAAAGUAGAAAUGGUGGGCCAUCUAGUCUUAUAGAUAGAUGGAAAUAUGGUGGAUGUUAUGAUUGUGGAGGUUGGGAUGAUGGAUGUCCUUUGACUGUGUUUCAGACAAAAUAUAGCAAUACUGAAGAUUCAAGCAAUUCAAGCUUCACCUUGAGCAUGAGGAAUAUCAACGAUGGUUUAUAUCAUGGUUAUUUUGCACCUCCUUUGUCUGCACUGCAAUCUUUUUCCAUUGCCUUGGCCAUUACUCAUUGGUGGAAUCAUUCUAUUCGGCCUGUUACUGCAAAGAAGCUGGGAUAA